AUGGUGUUGCACACUGGGGAGCUAAAUGCCUCCUCAGCAGGGACCACACCUGUGUGCACACUUCUGCUGCAGAAGGAGAACGAUCAGGAAUGCUCCAAAUUUGUGUCCUCCGAAAUUAAAAACCGACUUGACGAUAUGCAAGCCAAAGGAGAGGACGAGCAAGAUCCAGACGAAGUGGAACCGGAACAAUCUAUUCAUAGCAUUCUGGACAAAAUGUACAAUAAUGUGGAAGGAGGGAAUAAUGAGGUUAGCCAUUUGGCCAUCUUGGACGCCACCCUCAAGGAAGAAUUGCUAAGGUACUGUGACCUAAUGAAAGCGAUGGAUACCAGUGGGCUGCUCGAAAACUACGAGAUGGGUAGUGCAGAUGAUGUGUUUUCCCACAUAGCAAACAUGCUAGAGAAGAAUGGUGAUUAUGUCGUCUCUUCGUUGUCAAAUAGAAUGAAGAACACGGCCAUAUGUUUAAAAGGUCCAGACGAGUGA